UACCAUUUAAAAUCUGAAAUAGAAAGAAGAAAAUGAGUGUGGGCAGAUCUUGUAACGAACAUUCACAAAAUAUGGUUCAGCUUCAACAAGCUGGCUCGACUUUUCUCUCCCUUCAUUUAGAUCUCCCCUCUCUCGUUUGAUUCAUAUAAGAUCUCAAUCAAACCGUGAACCGCACCCAUCCGAUCUGCAAAAUUACUAGGGAUUUCGCAGGGAUUAAAUAUAUAAAACCAAAGAAGAAAUGGCGGGGGCCGCAUCUGCACUGUUUCUUCUUGAUAUUAAGGGCCGCGUUCUGGUGUGGCGUGACUACCGUGGCGACGUCUCCGCCGCUCAAGCUGAACGGUUCUUCACCAAACUCAUCGAGAAAGAGGGAGAUCCGCAGUCGCAAGAUCCAGUGGUGUAUGAUAAUGGAGUAACGUACAUGUUUAUACAGCACAGUAAUGUGUACUUGAUGAUCGCAACAAGGCAGAAUUGCAAUGCCGCCAGUCUUCUUUUUUUCCUGCACCGUGUAGUCGAUGUUUUCAAGCAUUAUUUCGAGGAGUUAGAAGAGGAAUCUCUUAGGGAUAACUUUGUUGUAGUGUAUGAGUUACUUGACGAGAUUAUGGAUUUUGGCUACCCUCAAUACACUGAAGCGAAAAUACUUAGUGAGUUUAUCAAGACCGAUGCUUAUAGGAUGGAAGUUACCCAGAGACCCCCAAUGGCUGUUACCAAUGCAGUCUCUUGGCGUAGUGAAGGAAUAAACUACAAGAAGAAUGAAGUGUUUUUGGAUGUGGUAGAAAGUGUGAAUAUACUUGUCAACAGCAAUGGACAAAUAAUUAGGUCAGAUGUUGUUGGGGCAUUAAAGAUGAGAACUUAUUUGAGUGGUAUGCCCGAGUGUAAGCUUGGCCUAAAUGAUAGAGUAUUGCUUGAGGCACAAGGACGAGCAACAAAGGGAAAGGCGAUUGAUUUGGAGGACAUAAAGUUUCAUCAGUGUGUACGUCUGGCCCGUUUUGAGAAUGACCGGACUAUAUCCUUCAUACCUCCUGAUGGUUCCUUUGAUCUUAUGACAUACAGACUUAGCACUCAGGUAAAACCACUCAUCUGGGUGGAAGCUCAAGCUGAAAAACAUUCAAGAAGCCGUGUUGAGAUUAUGGUAAAGGCCAGGUCUCAGUUCAAGGAGCGUAGUACUGCUACAAAUGUUGAGAUUAUGGUGCCUGUGCCUGCUGAUGCUUCCAGUCCAAAUGUCCGGACAUCAAUGGGAUCUGCUGCAUAUGCACCCGAAAAUGAUGCUUUAAUGUGGAAAAUAAGAUCUUUUCCUGGUGGGAAGGAGUAUAUGUUGAGGGCCGAGUUUACUCUUCCUAGCAUAACAGAUGAAGAGGCAACUCAAGAGAGAAAAACUCCUAUUCGUGUGAAGUUUGAGAUUCCAUAUUUUACUGUUUCCGGGAUACAGGUUCGAUAUCUGAAGAUCAUUGAGAAAAGUGGUUACCAAGCUCUUCCAUGGGUACGAUACAUUACAAUGGCUGGCGAGUACGAACUAAGACUUAUUUGAUAGCCAUUGUUUUUAAGUUGUCAUCUCCUAUGAGCUUUUAAAUGAGUUUGAAUCACUGGGGGCACAAGAAUACAAAAAACCAGUUAAUAACAAAGGCCCUAUGAAAGAGCAUGCAAGAGUGUUCCGUUGUGAAAAAUCCUUUCUGCUUCAUAUUAUACUUCUGUGCAUUAUAAUUUUUUUCUUACCUAAUAGGUGUGAGAAUUUUCAACUUUUUC